UCUACUAUCGAUUUUAGACACUCCAGUUUUGGUAUAUAAAAAAUAUAAAUGGCAUUUAUUAAACAAAACAAAAAAUUUUAAUUUAUUUAAUAAUGUAGUGUUUUGAAUAUUUUGUAAAAAAUCUUGUUGAACAAGACACCGAUAAUUUUAAAAACCGAAUAAUCGAAUUGUCACCCAGCCCAUCUGUCAAUGAAUGUGCCAAUGCCAGAAGAAUUGUAUUAAAUUUUUAUAAUUAAUUAACCUUUUCCACGAAACAAAUGUAACAUUAUUGAAUCUAAUAAUCGAAAUAUUUCUCAUUACCCCGUCUGUCUACUGUUUAGGUAACGUUUUACAUGAACAAAAACAAUCUGUACCAAUCGCUUUCAAGUUGUCCCCCAAAAAGGCAACCAAAACGGAUUCGUAUAAAUUAUUGAAGCCCUAUGGGGGUUGAUAUAAACGCAGUCCACUUAGGGCUGCUACAGCAAUGGGAAAUUGUUUCAACAGCUGCCUCCCUAACCAGUCGGGUGCUGCCAGAGCCUUUAAAACUUUUAAUAUACUUGACAACGAAAGCACUGCUGUUGACUUCACAUUCCUUGUCGAAGAGAAUGCUUCUGUUACUAAAGAAGAGAAAAGAGACCAGUUCUUCAAUUGGUUGGCAGUCUACGAAAUACCCAAUUGUCUGGAUACAGUAGAUUGUCAGAAUCACAACGACUUCCAUCUACUGGGUAAGCCAACACUGUUGUUACAUUUUCCUUCGUCAUUUGAAAAAAAAGCAUUUUUAGUAUCCCAUUAUUUUAUUUUACAUAGAUCAUGUACAAGCAAAGACAUACAACUGCAAUGUCUUGACGCCAGGGCUCUAUUACAACGAACUGCCACCUCCACUCCUGCUAGCAGUUUAGAUUUAGAAUGGGAACACGAAACACUACCCAUAUCAAUGGUUCACGAUCCAUCUGGGAGUUCAUGGACGGCGCUCCCAGAAGACUUGUCUUGCUGUCCAACCACUUCGAACACCCACAACAACGCGAACGCUAGCGACUCCGAUUGGUCUCGCGUUUCUUCAGCAAACUCUCUGGAAUGGGACAAUGUACAAAAUUCGAUGCACGUAGACGGCGGCAGCCCACCGGUGUCCGAAUUGGACACCGAUACGCAGAUCUUGCUGGGAGAAAUCGAGAGACUGACCAGUAAGACGCUGGAAGAGACCGGGAAAGAGUUGUUUAGUUGAUUUUAAGUAAUGAAAGUAGUAAAGGAAAAUCGGUGUUUUAGAAAUAGCCCAGUCUAUAUUAGUUGUUUCGAAAAAAUAAACACCGUUUCAGAUGACGGUACUCUUUCGAUUUUUCCCCAGAUCUGAGGAAGUUUGUAGAGUAGAUCUGGCAACACCGCACCGCAUGAUUCAAUGGUAUGUUCGAUAAUUACCCAGAAAAUUGGUACCGAAUAGGACAACACUUCUGAUUUAUAAUAUUUUGUGAUUAAAGUAUUGACAAAAUAAAUUUAUAAUUAAGUAGCGGUUUUACCUUUCGGCAUCAAUUUUCUGAUUAAUUAUAGCAAGUACUUACCAUUGAAUCAUGCGAUGCGGUGUUGCUAGAUCUACUCGACAAAUUUCCCUAAAUCUGGAGAAAAGUCGAAAAAGUACCGUAGUAUCUGUCAUUCUUGUCGGAAAAACGUAUUAUAGUUGAAAUCAUUAUGCAGUCUGUGAACUAUUAAUACGCUCUUUCUUUCUCUUCCCUACAUAUAAUACAUAUUACAGAAUAAAUUUGAUUACAACGCUUUUUGGUGCAGUUACAGUUCACAGUAUCGCCAUCUGGUUCACGUUGAAAAAUUACCCUUUAUUCUGACAGUAAAUUUAAUUUUUGUACCCCAACUUUCCCCCAGACCGACAGUUACCCCUUUUUCUUAAAUUUUACCAUUUGUAUGUUUUACAAUGACCUGUUGAAAUAAUGCAUGUUUAUAUAUUAUAGACUGGGCUAAAAGUGGUCCUUACCUAUUCUUAUCAUCUUCUUAAAUAUAUCUGUAAUAAACUUUUACCAGCUGUACUAGGCUACUGAAACUUGGGAAAUUAUCUGUUGGUAUCAGAAAUAUUCGUGUAUCUCUGUCACAGUGAUGUGUAGGUAGAUAACGAAAGAAGAAAAAAAGGUUUAUAUACCAAAGAUUUAAAAAUAAAACCUUUGGUAAUUUUGAGAGGUUUUAUAUUGUUACAAUUGGGCCUAUGAGUGGUAUUUAUAAAGAAUUACAUUUACCAGGGUCUAAAACUACUACCUAUCUAUAGUAUAAUACUGUCCAAUUGAAAUUUGCUUAAUUUUCUUGUCUUAAGACGUUUGAUAUUGUGAAUUGAGGUCGAUAGGCAUUUAUAAUAGUUACGAAUAUGUGAUAAUAUUAGAGUAAUAAUCAAAAAAGUAUGAGGGAAUGUUUUUUUACAAAAUUUAUACUGUACAGGGUUCAAUUAUGUCGUAUAAAAAAAUAUGUAGGUUUAAAGGAGACUUUCUAGAAAAAUUGAUUAAUUUUAGUCUCAAAAAGUAACUUUUGACAAUGAAUUAAACAAAAUUGCCAACAGUGCUCAAUACAAAGUAAAAAAAAUGGAUUUUUUUUAAUUAAAUAAAUAUUUUUUUAAACCCUGUUGCUUUUUUUGAUAAAAAAAAUCAUACGACAUAAAGGAACUCUAUAAAUAUUUUAAAUUAAUUCAAUGUAAAUAUCCAACAAAUUGAAAUAAAUAAUAUUUCAAUUUUGUGCGACAAAACUUGAAAGAUGUUUUGCUACAGGGUUACCUAUAUAUACUAACAUGAACAUGUAGUUUAGUUUUCCUCUCUAUAUAGUUAUAUUUUGAACGCGACUUUACAGAGCAAGCAACAGGUCGAUGUAAGUAUUAAAAAAGAUAAGGUCAAUUUUUAUGAGCGAAAAACUUGGAAAAAGUCAGCUUUUUGGUAGGAUUUCCACCAAAGUGACAAGCAACGUACCUUUUACAUUGUACAAAAAUAUUUCCUAUGCAUUUUGUUAUAAAUUGGCAGCAGCGUUUUAAAUUCCAUAUACUGGCGCUUUAGAUUUGAGGUUGGUUAUCAAUCAAUCGUAGAAUAUCUGUAUUUCUGUUUUAUUUUCCUGUUCUAUUAACAUUAUUUGUUUCUCUAUGUUGAUUUUAUAUUUCUAAUAAGGAAGUCCUUUUUCUAGAUGUCUACAUUUUUUGAAGAUUUUUCCCCCUACACGCACCGAUAUGGCCUGCAGGCCAAAACGCACAGUUCUGAUCAAAAGGCAAGAUUUAAUCAGCUCAUUUCACUCUUCAUCUUCACAUUAGACAAAAGAGGAGAGGCCAGAUGUGAGUCUGAUCAAGCACGUGACUUUGAGUUAUGGACUGUGCAGUUUAAAUCUCACAAAAAUCGUAGCGUGUAGGGCCUCCUUAAGUCAUCAGUAAAGGCACAUUCAGAGAUCUGUAUCGGUUCCUCCCCUCUGCCUUAAACCCUCUUUGGUGAUAAAUUCUUCAAAUUGCAAGUUUCCAGUUCUUACAUAAUUUCUAGUGGUUUUGUAUAAACUUUUAAUAGCAUCGAUUAAACUCUGGUUUAUUCGUCUCUUUUUUAGACUAGUCUAUAUUUGCAGCCUGGGAACAUUGUCGAACGCUUUUUCUAUAUCCAAAAAAGCAACAUAUUUCUUACUUUUUUUUUUAAUUUAACUGUUUCUCUUUAAAGAAGUGGUCAUGUACACCUCUGCCUUUACAGAAAGCACUGUGAUUUUUCUAAUUGAUGUUCUAUUGUGUUUUUUAAUCUUUUGUCUCAUUUUAUACCUUUACCAUUUUACUCAAUAUUGUAUUGCCUCUAUAGUUUGAACAGUUCUCUAUUAUCAAAUUGCUUGUGCAGAGUUAAUAAUAUACCCAAUUCCCAUUUAUUCAGUAUUCGUCUUUCAGUGUAGAUUUUAUUAAGUAAAAAAGUUAAUUUUUCUAUUCCUUGUAUUCCUAAAGUUUUUAGCAUUUCUAAUGUAAUCCCAUCGUGACCUGCAGCUUUACCUCGUUUUAGCUAGUUUAUUACUUCCUCAACUUCUUGGUUGGUAAUUCCUUCUACUUCAUUUCUCUGGUACACAGUACACCUUUCUUUCUCUUCUAUUUGAUAUGCUCCUAGGUAUAGUGCCCCUGGAUUCUGAAGUGUUACACAUUCAGUCAAACUGAAUCUGCACUCACUUUUUCUUCUACUACUCUCAGUUUACUGUGUCGAGUCGGCAAUGCCCGGUGAGGAUCCCUGUUACAAUGCGUAGACUGUUCUUACUCAGGCAGAUACAGGUUCCCGAUCUUUUCUGGUUAUAUUCACCCAAAAGUAUCUUAGUUUGUCUUAGCCCCCAGAGAUUGUUCCAAUUAUAGAUUAUAUUGCCCAAUUCCUUUUUAAUCUCCUAAUAUUGUUUUACUGCUGAUACCGCAGAACGGCUCAGGUCUCACAAAGGGUGUGUUGGGCCCCUUUCCUUGCGAGACUAUCUACUCCGUUCCUGAUCAUUCUAUAUCGUCCUUUUUGUCACAUUCUCUAUCAUUAAAUGUAGAGGGUGAGGUUUAAGAUCACCUCCAUUGUGGCCAUAUGACAGGUUAUCAUUGCACUGGUGAUGCAAACACAAGCUAGUCUUUUGAAUUUCCCUCCUUUUUUUUAAACAAAACAACUGCUCUCCCCCAUGCUGGGUAUUGAAUAACACCUAAAUAGGAAUAUGUUGGGGUUCAAAUUCUAUCAUAAUUAUAAAUAUCAUACUUGAUUUAUUUAUUUUCAUUUAUGUGGCAUAUUUCUUCCAUUUUGAAAUAAAAACUCUUACUGAAAUUCUUCUGGGUCCCAUUUGUUAUUACCAGUCCUUUGGUGGAAAUUUUUUCUCAAAAAGUGCAGUUGUUGCUUGUUCAUAAAACUGUAUUUUAUCUCGGAUAAUUAUUGCAAUACUGGGUGUUAAACGAGGUUUUAAAAGGCUGUAAAUAUCGAAAUUUAUGUUACACUGGUGAACAGGCUUAUAUACAGGGUGAAUCCUAAGUUCAUACUUUUUUAUUUGUGUAUAGAAGUCAUUAAUCCUUUCACGACGGCCGAUGGAAACAGGGGCGCCGCCUCCUUUAGCCGAGCGCGGGAAAGCAUGCCUGGAAAUUAAAUCGGAAAAGUACGGCAGCCGUCUUAAAUGGGUUAAAAUAAACAACUUUGUUAAAAAAACUAAAGAACAAGAAUUUAUAAUAAUUUAUUCCAAAAUGUAUCAAAUACGGUCCUGUAUAACUUUCGUAGAAAAAUAUUGAUUACAUUCAUGCUGUUGUAAGAAUCAUUCACAAAACAACUCUGCGGGGAAAUGUUCAAGUUGAUCUGCAAUAAUCAGUGCACUUGGUGGAUGUCUAUCGAUAACAUUAUUUAAAAUGUGUUCUAUAAAUACACAUCAUUUUCAAUUUACACACACUAGUGACCUACUGAAAUCAGGCGACUAAAUUAUAAAAAUUGGUACAUGGGAAUUGUGAUUCAUAUUCAUAAAAAAAAUGAAAAAACAAAAACUUAAUUCGUUUAACUUUUCUUACACAAGUUCAGUCCCGGAUUUAGGUUUAAUCCUGUAUCUUUUUUAUUUUUGAGUUUUUUUUAAGAUGUUUAACGACGUCUAUAUACAGUUAAAAAAGUAUCAACCCUGCAUAAAACCAUAUCUAACUUUGUAUACCAAGAGACAUGUAGGAAAGUAAUUUAUUUCAAUAAUUUUUGAGUACAGGAAAUUCAGAGUAAUCUGUCGAGGGACUGUUGUAUAUGUCAGGAUAAAAUCCGGAGAUAUUGUUGGCCAUGAGGUUCCACAAUUUCUUGAAUAAAUCAAAACUAUUUAAGUGUAUAAAAAAAUUAUUGAAAUAAACUUAUUACAAUUGUCCGUUCUUCUAUGUCAUUGUAAGUAUAUUUUUCACCAGUUUUAUGAAACAAAUGAGUGUUUAGAAAAACAAAAUAGUUAAAAUAGAGAUAAUAUUGACUAGUUCCACCCGAAAGUGGUUGUGUUUAUUAAAUUUUCCGUUGCUAUAUGUCUAAGAAAACAUGGGUAGAAUAGAUGUGUAACGUUGAAUACAAAAAAAAAAUGAACUCACCAAUUAGAUGAAAAUGUAUAUACACAACCCGUAGUUUAAAUAUUUUUUGUAUCAAAUAGGAAUUUCUAAUCAACAAAAAGUAUCUUAUUUUAUAAUAAUAUAAUAGAUAGUUCAUAUCAGUGUGAGAAGUAUAAGUAAAUAAUGUGCUUAAAAAAGUCAAAACAAUCCUAGUACCAAAUUUUUUUGCAUUGGAUUAUUUAUAAAAAGUCGGACAUGUUGUGUUUUUGAACGUAUCUGAAAUACAACGGGACCAAAACAUGCUUUAUUAAGCCUUCAAAAAAACCUUUGCCUUAGUUCAAUUAUUAAAGGAAAUAAAACUGAUUUGUCUACAAAAUGUUAUGGAGAUAUGGAAUUAUGGCGCCCAAAAAUAGUAUUUUUGGCAUAUUGCUGUUUCUGUUACCCCUAGAGAAAAAUGUUCUAAUAUCUGUUAUAUUUUCAUCAAAUGAAUGGUUUCUGAAUUAAAUUGUUUAGAAAGUGGGCCGAAAAUUUAGAAGUGACGCAAAACUGAUACAUAUUACUAGUUUCCAUAUUACCAAAGUCAACUCUGUAGAGCAAUUUGUUGAGAGGCUGGUACUUUAGUAGUUCAGCCACACGCUGCUUCAGAUCCUAGACCAAACCAUGUGAAUUUUUAAUUUGCAGGAUUCGUUGUAGGAUUUGAUGGGUGACAUCCAAAUUACAAAUUGCUGUGCGAUACGUUUCAAUGAUGGGUUGAGUUUUCCUCACCUGUAAGUUAAAUGGCACCAUCAGUCAUCUGUAAGCUCCUAGGGAGAUUAUUAUUAUUAUUAUGGCGCAAAAACUAUUUUUGGGCGGCAUAAAUCAAGCAACUUACUAAGUUAGGAUAUUAUGAGAAUGUUAAGGAACAUAGUUACUAUGAACAGAUAAAAAAUAACACGUGGCUUAAAGCACCGCAUUUAUAAUUUCAACAAAUAUUUACGUUUGUUAAUGAGCUUUUUCAUUGCAUUUUUAUAUUUAAAAUUUUAUACAUUGUUAAAGUUUUGCAAUAAGUUAAAAAAAAAAAUAUGCUAAGAGCUUAAUUUUUAAUACGAUUACAUUUCAUGCAAAAACAUAUCAUUGAAAUAAAAUUAUAAAAAAAAUUGUCUUUUAUUUAUCGCUAUGAUGGUUUUUCUAUUUCGAAAUUUGUGAAACAACCAAAUUCGUUUGCUAGAUUAUUCCUGUGCUUCGGUUCAAAGGUACUUUUUCUUAAAUCUAGAAGCCUUUUUGCUAAAUCUUCCAUUAUAACGCCUGGAAAUUGAAUAAAUAAAACUUAAGAAGACUCAAUAGUAAUCAAAAUUUACCUGUACAUAAAAUUAUUUUAUUUUUUGUUAAAUAUCUAAUAGUAACGGCAGUUUUAGUAAUACAUUCUUCAGAUAAAAACGGAGGAUCCGCUAUCACUAUAUCAUAAUAAUCGGAUUUAUCUCUAGGAACACCUAAUGGUGAUUUAUAGUCAUAAAAUACAUAAUCUUCUCCAAAUGCAGAAAAUCUUU